AUGACUCCUGGAGAGAUAGCUCUUGCCAGUGGCAACUUUACCCCAGUAACUCAAUUUAUCUUAUUGGGCUUCUCAGAGUAUGCAGACCUGCAGAUGAUGUUUUUCUUCAUCUUCCUGCUGAUCUAUGCCAUGACAGUGAUGGGCAACAUGGGCAUGAUGGCCCUGAUCUACAUUGACCUCCGUCUUCACAGUCCCAUGUACUUCUUCCUCAGCAUCCUCUCUUUCCUUGACAUUUGCUACUCUUCUGUGGCCACACCCAAACUCUUGGUCAACUUUUUAGCCACUGACAAAUCCAUUUCCUUCACCGGUUGUGUGGUCCAGCUGGCCUUCUUUGUGAUACAUGUGACAACUGAGAGUUUCCUUCUGGCUGCCAUGGCCUAUGACCGCUUCAUGGCUAUCUGCCAACCCCUCCAUUACGCUUCUGUCAUGACCAAGGUGACCUGCCUCCAGCUGGUGGCUGCUUCCUAUGGGUUUGGUGGGGCCAAUUCCAUCAUCCAGACCAGGAAUGUUUUUGUCUUGCCCUUUUGUGGACCCAAUGAAGUCACCCACUACUUCUGUGACAUCCCACCGCUCCUCCGCCUGGCAUGUGCUGACACUGCCACAGCAGGCAACAUCCUCUAUAUUUUCUCUGCCUUGGUUACUCUUCUACCUGCCACAGUCAUUCUCAUUUCCUAUGGCCUGGUCCUGGUGGCCAUCGGGCGCAUGCACUCAGCAGCUGGAAGGGAAAAGGCCCUCUCUACCUGUGCCUCUCACUUCCUGGCCAUUGCCAUUUUCUAUGGCACUGUGGUCUUCACAUACGUCCAGCCCCAUGGAAAUGACAGUGGCACAGAUGGCCAGAUAGUCUCAGUCUUCUACACUAUCAUCAUCCCCAUGCUUAACCCUUUCAUUUACAGCCUUCGCAACAAGGAAGUAAAGGAUGCCCUCCGUAGGAGGCUCCAAGCCAAUGUCUUCCCCCGAUAA